UACAAGGCGUGAGUCAUGUACAGCUCGGUGAGGUUUUGGCAGUGUUUGUGUCGAGAAUGGAAUAUAUAAAACUAACAGAUUAAAGUUAUCAAAACAGCAAGUUCUUGUUAACAUCAUGGAGUAGUAGUGAGGGAGUGAAGGAGUAUACAUUAACUACGUAUCAGUGCCUUGGAUUCUUUAAUCGAUCUCAGUGUGCGAGUUAUAACUGAAGGCUGUGAUGCUGCUUCUAGUUCUUCUUCUGCACAUUGUUGCAUCUGAAGUGGUUAGGAUCCCUCUUCAUCCGUUAAAAUCUGCUCAACGCACUCUUAUUGAGUUCGAAACUUCUUUAGAAAAUGUUAAGAAGCUCUGGUUAUCCAGGGUAUCUGGAGUUGAUCCCCAACCGGAAUAUUUGAAAAACUUCCUUGAUGCUCAAUACUACGGUGAUAUAACGAUUGGUACACCACCUCAGACAUUCAGCGUUGUAUUUGAUACUGGUUCGUCUAAUCUUUGGGUACCGUCAAAAUACUGUAGCUACUUUGACAUUGCCUGCCUGCUGCACAGGAAGUACGACAGUUCAAAGUCUUCCACUUAUGUCCCGAAUGGUACUGAGUUCAGUAUUCAUUACGGUACUGGCAGUCUCAGUGGGUUCUUAAGUAUGGAUUCCCUUCAGUUGGGUUCGCUCAGUGUGAAAAGACAAAUGUUUGGAGAAGCGACAAAACAACCAGGAUUGGUUUUCGUCAUGGCGAAGUUCGAUGGUAUCCUUGGUAUGGCCUACCCCUCAAUUUCUGUGGAUGGUGUUACUCCUGUAUUCGUAAACAUGAUCCAGCAAGGUAUAGUUGAAUCCCCAGUGUUCUCCUUCUAUCUCAGCAGGAAUAUAUCAGCUGUGCUGGGUGGUGAACUAAUGAUUGGUGGUAUCGAUGACAAGUAUUAUACUGGUGAAAUCAACUAUGUGGACUUAAUGGAACAGUCCUAUUGGUUGUUCAAAAUGGACAAACUGACUACUUCAGAUAUAACCGUUUGUCCUGAUGGAUGUCUGGCUAUUGCCGAUACUGGCACUUCGAUGAUCGCCGGUCCAACUGACGAAAUACAAAAAAUUAAUGCAAGGCUCGGAGCCACUCGUCUACCUGGUGGUAUUUAUACCGUUUCUUGUGAUAAUAUAAACAAUCUCCCAACGAUUGAUUUUGUAAUCAAUGGAAAACCUAUGACAUUAGAACCUACAGAUUAUUUAGUGAAAGUAUCCAAAAUGGGUUCUGAGAUUUGUCUAAGCGGUUUCAUUGGAUUGGACUUGCCGAAGAGGAAAUUAUGGAUAUUAGGAGAUAUAUUCAUAGGUAAAUUUUAUACAGUAUUCGAUAUGGGAAGAAACCGUGUCGGUUUUGCGAAAGCUCUUCAUCCAGAUUCUGUUCAUCGUACAAAAACAUAUAUCCCUAUGAUGCGAUUAUUCCCUGCUCAAUCAGUUCCACAAGCUGCUUUAGAAACCCCAAGUGGGGUGUUCGCCUUUUCCAAACUUCUUUUAGAUGAAGUUUGAGAAAAUGAUUACCCCGUUCCGAUUUCUACCGACAUGAUGCAUCUAUUUUAUUUAAAAAGAGUAAUAUUUAUUAUUCAUUGUUGAUAACCUACAUUUUUAACUAUUAUGUGACUACUCUAUUGUCCGGUUUUUUUUAAUCUCAUUAUUGUCAUCAUUACCUUUUACACCUUUUUGUUAAUCCCAAAAAUGUUGUAUUACACUUUAUCUAAAUCUUGUCGUGUUCAAUCGCAAAAUUAAAAGUAACUUGUUAAAUCGCGUUUCGCUAAACUUGCAAUAACCAAACUGUCCAGUUUCUUAAA